AUGUCUAUAAGUGACAUUCUAUACUCAACCGGCGGCCGACUAUGGAACCUCAUGAUCGAAGACGAGAAGGCCAAAGUAAGUCUCACCCCGCUGAUACAUCAGACACAAUACCGACGCUGCCGGCUGGAAGAAGAUCGAUUUUACGGCGUCAUGGGCUUGGCUCACGCCACUUCGGCCGUAGACGUGCAGUAUGGGAUUGGUUUUACGCAGGCGAUGCUCAAGGCCGCUGCUAGUGGGGCACUGGAUUCCAAGAUCCUGGCUGGGAAUAGUGUGAAUCCUUUCGACGGUGCUUGUUGGCUUCCAAAUACGGAGUCGCUCCGUCGACAGGAGACGCUGCAGCAAUUGAGCUCGCAGGGUCGACAGACGCUACGGCCCGGAAGGCAAGGGAUACUGGUAUGGUGUGCUCGGAGGAAAGAUCAGGUGGAUGGAGGGUCAGAUGUCGAGGAGUGGGUUGUCGAGGAUGAGUCUCCUGACAGGAUAGUGUUGUCACUGAAGGCUAGUGGAGAUGGUGUGUAUCAUCGAAGCAGGAGUCGUAUCGAGACGAACCCACAAACUGUGGGCGAAGCUGUUCUCUUAGAGGUCGGUAUCGCUUUGAAGUAG